GCAGACAUUGGCUGCCCUCCAGGCACAGGAGAGGCUGCAGAGAGCUAAGCCAACAAGUGUCCCACAGUAUUUUCAAUGACAAGUUACUUUUCUAUAGAUAUCUUCUUCCUUGAAUACCUGUCCUGACCUCAGAGCUAAGAGAGUGUCACCUGUCUGGCUGUGGGACUUGGAUACAGUUGGCUGAUCUGACUUUAAAGCUUUAGUAGGUUAUGCAAUGCUCUCAAGGUCACUGGCAUCAGGUGGAGUUGAGAGCUGCUUUCCUCUUACACAGCCUCGUGAUUGCUGCCCAUGGACUGCCCUCCAUCAGGACACCCUGUUCCUCAUGUUGGCAGAAGAGGGAACUCUGAGGUUUCAGCUGGAGUUUAGUGGCACAGCAGUGAAACCAGGACACCUUCAGAUGCUUAACUGAUGCAUUUUUCAUGGCAGAAUGAAUCUUAACCUUUUGAUCUGGGACUGUUGAAUAAAGAACAAGUUCUCAGCCCCUUGCUGGGAUCUCUGAGGAAAUCCAGGUCUAGAUGGUAAAUGCUGGUGGCAGAUACUGGAGGCUGAUCUCCUUCUGAAUGUCACAGAUUUAAGUUCUUGGUAGAGAUGUCCUGAGCUGUGCCUGGCCUUAUUAGGGGUGUUUUGUGUUCUUAGUGACAGCCAAGAGGAAAAGUAAAUGCCAGAGAUUAAAAGCUUGUGUUCCAUGUGCUGAGCUGUUCUGUGUGAGCAGGGAGGAGCCACUCCAAAGUUGUUUAACUCCCUUUAAGAAAUAAGUCUGUUAGACUGGUGCUGUGUUGCUCUGGGUGGAGAAGCAGCAGGUGUGCUCUGCCUUUGACCCAGCUUGGCAAAGUGCUGCUGCUGCCCCUGAGGGGCCUGGCUGUCUCUGGAGCAGCUUUUCCUGGCGAUGGCUGUGCACAGUCCCUGCAGGGCCACUCUGGAGUGCUGCAGUGGGAAGCAGACCCAUCCAGUGAUACAAGUGCAGGUCCCGCCGGUGCCGUGGCACAGCAGCCUGCCUUGUGCAGCACCCCGGACCCUCUCUGAAACAGCCUCCCUUCCUUUGCCUCCUGCCAUGGCCCCGGGCUUCACCGUCCUGCUCCUGCUGGGGAUGCUGGGCACGGCUUCCAGGGCUCAGCCCGUGCUGACACAGCCGCACUCCGUGUUCGUGCUGCCCGGGCAGACGGCUCAGCUCUCCUGCACCCUGAGCCCCCAGUACAACAUCAGCCAGUUCGGCAUCUCCUGGUACCAGCAGCGCCCGGGCCACUCCCUCAGGUAUCUGCUCUAUUACAACUCCGAGCGAGACAAGCACAAGCCUGCCAAGACUCCCGACCGCUUCUCGGCCACCAAAGACCUCGCCAGCAACGCCUGCAUCCUCUCCAUCGCCUCCGCCUGCCAGGACGACAACGGCACCUACUACUGCUCCCUGUCCCCUGCCUUCAAAUGGCUCUAGAGACGGGAACUAAAGCUUUCCGCGCUUUCCUCGGCGACCCUGACGUGCUCUCAGCAGGGAGAGCAGCAGCCCUGGCAGGGGUGGGAAAAAUCCAUCUUUGCACGCUUGAGCAGGCCCGGCAGCGCUGCCUCGUGCUGGGAAGUGCAGGAACCUCCUCUUUGUCCCCAGUGUCCCCAGUGUCCCCAAUGUCCAUGGGGCAUUAGACAGCCCCACACAGGAAGAUGGAGGGCUCGGCUGUGGCCUGGCUUCCCUGGGCUCUUCCAGCACGAGGCUGGACCUGGCUGGGGCUUCCGCAGAGUUUGGCUCACCUGGUAAUAAAGACAAUAAAGGUCACUCCUCAUCCCCGG